UGGAUACCUUGAUCCCCAGCCAAUACGAUCUAAACUUUGACCCCUAAUUAAAGGUUCUGAACUUUGAUUGACUAUACUGCUAGAUGCAGCAUUCACCAAGAAAUCAAUUAUCCUCUUCCUAGAAGCGUACUCGGUAACCCAUUUUAAAGUCUUACGAGCUGCCCGAGCACGACAAAUGGAUUGCCGAUUCGAAUGUUUAGAGCGGAGCACUCCACUAAUAUGUAAUAGGAUUGAAGAUUGUCCCGCACUUUCGACCCUUCGUUCCACCAACUUCAUCAUCAUCACUUGAUUGAAAGCUUCAGGAAAGCUUGCAAGACCCUCUAACCAUCAAUUUCGAUUCCGUUACUCGGGAAUAUUGUAGAGAAUCAUGGCUUCUGAGGUCUAUUUAGAAACGUCGAUGGGCACCGUCACCAUCGAACUCUACACCGCGCACGCCCCGAAAACCUGCAAGAACUUCCUCGAGCUCUCCAAACGCGGCUACUACAACAACGUUGUCUUCCACCGCAUCAUCCCCGACUUCAUGAUCCAAGGCGGCGACCCCACCGGCACCGGCCGCGGCGGCCGCUCCAUCUACGGCGACACCUUCGAUGACGAGAUCUCCCCGUCGCUCAAGCACACGGGCGCGGGCAUCCUGAGCAUGGCGAACAGCGGGCCGAACACGAACGGAAGCCAGUUCUUCAUCACGCUGGCGCCGACGCCGUGGCUCGAUGGGAAGCAUACGAUUUUCGGGCGGGUAAAGGGCGGCAUGCGGAUCGUGCAGCGGAUGGGGCUGGUGCGUACGGACAAGGAGGAUCGGCCGCUGGAGGAGGUGAAGGUGGUGACGGCGGGGAUGGUGGAGAAGGACUUGGGGAAGUGAAUACCCUUGGAUGGCGUUCGGAAGAUGGAGAGGCGACCAGGAACGUCGGUAGAUGCAGUGCUGGUGGAGCAACCCCUGAGGGCUACCCGUCCAAUAUGCGACCUUCGUCGGUUCAGAACGCGGAAGAAAGGCAACUGGCAGCGGAGACUCGCCCUGAUGUCCGACGAUUCUGCGGCUGAUCAAGCUUGUCCUCUCUUUGGAGCAAGCUGACACGCCAAGAUCGAUGCAUGGACGAGAUAGGAUGGUAUAGUGUUAAGGUACACUCAUCAGCGUUCUUAUCUUACGAACGCAUGGACAGCUGGGAGAGACAGCUUGUACAGAUCUAUAGGAGAACCGGAGCGACGAAAGUGGCCUGGAUAUUUAGGUUAAUGAAUUCUAAUACUCAAAAGCAAUAUCAUG